CCUGCACGCUCUGCUUAUGGCAACACGUUUUCAGGAGGAAGAGGCAGCAGUUACAACAACGAUGUGGUCAACACAAACUCCUAUACCACUCAAAUGUCUGCGCUCCGUGCCAUGGGCUUCACCGACAAUGCCAAGAACCUUCAGGUGCUUCAGUCCACCAAUGGAGAUGUACCCAACGCUGUGGAGAUCCUGUGUCGUAUCGGCUCUGGUCCCGUCACCUCCUCCGCCAAUCUCUCUGCCUCCAACACCAACAGUCCAUCCUCAAGACCCGCACGACGCAGUCCCUCAACCAAUAGCACUCACAACAACACCAGUGGCACGGCCUCCGAUCCAAAGGAGGCCAUUCUCUGGAACAUGGGCUUCCAUGAUGCUGCACUGAAUAAGGAGGCUCUUCGUCGUGCUGGAGGCAAUCCCGAAGUGGCUGCUGGUAUCCUCAUUGAUGAAAAGGAUAAAUUAGCAAGAGCCGUACGCGAAAAAUCCUCUACAUCCUCACCACUUCCUUCACGACUCGAUCCCCCAGGCAGCAAAUCUUCAAAGAAUGACUCCAAUCUCUUGAUAGAUCUCUCCGAUGAUAGUGAACAACAACAACAACAACAACAAAGAUUACGAAUGCAACAACAGAUGUUUCAACAACAGAUGAAUAUGCAAAACGCCUUUGGUAACUCAAACCCGAAUCAACCCUGGUCUAACUCGAAUCUGGAUCAGUUUGGUCAAACCCAGAGUCAACUUCAAUCGAUCAUGGACAAUAACGCCAAUUUCCUUGCCAUGUUCAACUCUGAACAAAAUUCCACCAACAACAACAACAACAACAACAAUAUGAAUAAUAUGAAUAAUAUGAACAACAUGAGCAACAUGAACAAUAUGUUUGGAAACACCAAUAAUAAUAAUAACAAUAAUAAUAAUAAUAAUAAUCUGAACACCAUGGGCAUGAGUAGUCCUUUUGGUCUCAAUCAACAACCAACAGGGAACUUUGGCAACGAUAUGAGCUCUUGGGCUAUGAACAACAAUACCAACAACAACAGUAUGAGCAACAUGAACAACGCUUUUGGUUUGCAAACAAGUAUGGCCACAGGCACCAGCAACAUGUUUGCCAAUAAUAAUAAUAACAACAACAACAGCUUUAUGAGCAUGGGAAUGAACAAUCAACAGCAACAGACGCUCAACCCUUUUGGCACUCUCAGCAGUCAACCUACAGGUCUAUCUGGACUCAGCAGUGGUGGUGGUAGCGCAAUAGGAUCACCCAUGACUCCAUUCACUAGCUUAUCAUCUGCUGGGAACACGAACCCUCUUUUGACUGGGACUGGUCAGAUGGGCAACAUGGGGAUGAAUAAUAUGAGCAGCAUGGGCAACAUGGGCAUGAAUAACAUGAAUAACAUGAACAAUAUGAACAACAUGAACAACAACAACGGCAACUUUAACUCUGCAUUUGGGAUGAAUCAGAGUAACCAGAAUAACCAGAACAACCAAAAUAACAGCUUCAACUCUUUUAAUAAUAACAAUAGCAAUAACAACCUCUGGGGAAAUAGCAAUACUAAUUUAUUCUAAAGGAAAAUGAAUAAAAAAAUAAAUAAAUAAAUAAAUUAUGUUAUAAAAAUAAGAAGCGAAUAAAAACAAUACGAUUUCUUUU